GAAACUCAAGAAAAAAAAAUGUGGGGUGUUGUAUUGAGUGUUGUUAUAGCUUUAUUGAUCCUCAAGAUCAGUCUCUUGCUCUAUAAAUGGUCAAACCAUAGCCGCGCUGGCAAGUUACCUCCCGGUUCCAUGGGGUUUCCGGUGAUCGGAGAAACCGCCCAGUUCUUCAAACCUUACAGUUUCGAUGAAAUCCAUCCAUUUGUCAAGAAACGAAUGUCAAAGCACGGUUCGUUGUUCCGGACGAGUAUCCUCGGCUCUAAGACGAUUGUUUCGACAGACCCGGAAGUGAACUUUGAGAUAUUCAAACAAGAGAACAAGUGUUUCAUCAUGAGCUAUCCAGAAGCUCUUGUCAGAAUCUUCGGGAAAGAUAACUUGUUCUUCAAGCAAGGCAAGGACUUCCACAGGUACAUGAGACAGAUUGCUCUGCAGCUUCUCGGUCCCGAGUGUUUAAAGCAAAAAUUUAUACACGAAAUCGACAUAGCAACACGCCAGCAUCUAAAAUCUGACUCCUCCCAAAGCGUCUUAGACGUCAAAGAUGCCGUUGGAAGAUUGAUACUGGAACAAAUGAUCCAGAUGAUCAUAAGUGACAUCAAACCUGAGAACAAAAACAAACUUAUAGAAAACUUUAGAGAUUUCAGUUUUGAUAUGGUUAGGUCCCCUUUUGAUCCUUCUUUUUGGAAGGCUCUUUACACUGGUCUUGUGUCACGCAGAAAUGCGAUGAAGAUGAUAAAGGGAAUGUUUGAAGAGAGGAGAGAAGAAGCAUCAUCGAGUGAAUUAAGAUAUGGAGACUUCAUGGAGAUAAUGAUAGAUGAGGUGGAGAAAGAAGGUGAUACGGUGAACAAGGAAAGAUCUGUGGAGCUAAUACUAAGUUUACUCAUUGCUUCCUAUGAAACUACUUCUACUAUGACCGCAAUAACUGUCAAAUUCAUAGCUGAAAACCCCAAAGUUCUUGUGGAGUUGAAGAGUGAGCAUGAAACCAUCCUCCAAAACAGGGUUGAUAAGGAGUCUGGAGUUACUUGGAAAGAAUACAGAUCUAUGAUGACUUUUACCCAUAUGGUCAUCAAUGAGUCUCUUCGUCUGGGAAGUUUGGCACCAGCUAUGUUUAGAAAGGCGGUGAGUGAUGUGGAGAUCAAAGGCAAGUCUGAUUCUUUCUUUUUGCAUCAUACACUGCAAACUUGGUAUAUCAUUCCAGCAGGUUGGACUGUGUUGAUUGUCCCAUCUGUUGUUCAUCAUGACUCGCAAAUCUAUGAAAACCCGUUUGAGUUCAAUCCAUGGAGAUGGGAGGGGAAAGAAUCGCUUUUUGGCUCUAAAACGUUUAUGGCGUUUGGAGGUGGUGGAAGACUCUGUGCAGGAGCAGAGUUUGCUAGGCUUCAAAUGGCUAUCUUUCUCCAUCAUGUAAUCACAAGUUAUGACUUCUCUCUGAUCGAUAAACCUGAUAUCACUCGGGCACCACUACUUCGAUUCUCCAAGCCUAUACGCAUAGGUAUCUCUAGGUCUCUUUGA